AGUGUCCAGUAUAGUCCGGUGUUUGCUCUCCCGCACCUCGGCCUCUCAUCUAAGAAGAUGAGUUUGAACGGCCAGCCCUUCCCCCAUUUGGUGAUACCUACAAUUGAAGCUCGCCACCCCUCCCCACCAGCGAGUAACAAUUCAAUUUUUCUUUAAGCAGUCCGCGGCCCCAACACAGGAAGGCGAACAGCAGCGGAGGGAUUGUUUUGCGCAUGCCCUGUAGGGGCGGAAAGAGCCGUCAGGUUGCGCCUGCGCUCUCAGUCGACUUUACUCCGCCUCCGCGGCCGCGGUACCGGUUCAGUGAAUCCUGGCGGAAUGGUGUUGCGGUGCCAGGUUGAAGUGUUGUAUUUUGCAAAAAGUGCUGAAAUUGCAGGAAUUCGCUCUGAGACUAUUUCUGUGCCACAAGAAAUAAAAUCAUUGCAGCUGUGGAAUGAGAUAGAAGCACGACAUCCUGGAUUGGCUGAUGUCAGAAAUCAGGUGAUAUUUGCUGUCCGUCAAGAAUAUGUCGAGCUUGGAGAUCAACUCCUCCAGCUUCAGUCAGGAGAUGAAAUUGCCAUUAUCCCCCCCAUUAGUGGAGGGUAGUGCUCUUGAGCCACUUGGGUGUGUGAGGUAUGUUUUUCUUAACCAGUCUUGUGGAGAAGGAUCACAAAGACCAUAGUAUACUCUUGGUAAGUCUGCCUACACCAAUAAAGAGUUGGUGCAGACAGACCUGUGCAUACCUGCCUUUCAUCUCUGCAUCUGUUCUCUUGUAAGCACUUUAAUAUAAAGUCAGUUUGAUAUGUUCAUUCUGUUGAAUUCAGAUGGUUUAUGGAAACUAUAUUAUGUGUCAGGCACAGUGCUGGAUGCUGGAGUAUUAAUAUUCCUAUUUUGCAGGAAGGAAAACUGAAAUUCAGAGAAGUUAAAAAACUUGUCUACACUCACAUAGCUAAGAGGUGGCAGAGCCAACAUUUGAUUUCAGAUUAUUGGAUUCUCUGUACUUUUUCACAAAAAUGCUUAUUAAUCCAGGAAAAUAGCCCUCUUGGGCACAGAGAAAUGUAGAAAAAUUGCAUAGCCAGAAAGUGAAAAGAUCACUGUGCUUAGUAAGAAAGCUUACCAUUUUCCAGGUAGAAAGAAACAGCUUUAUUAUGAUAGCUGUGUUGCAAGUAGCUCUGGGACCCAUUGCGUCUUGCCAUCUUUACAAAUAAUCUAGAAAUUAAUGAUUAUCUUCAAUUAAAGAGUUGUGGCGAGUUAGGAAUGAAAGAAAGCUUUCUUAGUUUAAUAGGGCUUUUCUCCAGAGUCAAGAGUAAAUACCAUACUCAUUGGCAAAAUCUUGGCCUCACUAAAGAACGAAGCGUACCCAGGAUGCCAGUUUUUUU